GGCAGUUUGAAUACACACGAUGCAGGCGAAAAAAGAUGAUCACGCUUGCAGACACGCGUGCACGCGCCAGCCGGUGGCAGCUAUACCAGCAGCUAAAAAGAAGCCGUGCGACGUGUGUCCGCCAUGCCAGGCGCCGUGCAACCCCGCCGCGCCGCCGACUCCCGCCGAGCGCGAGGCGGCGUCGCUGGCGGUGCGCCUGCAGCAGACUGAGGAGAGCUUCAAGUCCAAGAUCACUGAGUGUGCGGUGCUGCGCGCGGAGGUGGUGAAGCGAAAGGAGGAGACGGAGCGCGAGCGGAGCCUGCGGAACGAGGCCACGGCGCGCCUCAAGGAGCUCGAGGAGAAGUUCGCGCUGCUCGGCGCCCGAGCGCUGCACAUGCUGGGGGUCAAGGAGCAGGCGGUCGAGCAGGAGGUGGCAGUGAGCACGCUAAAGCAGUGCUACCGCGAGGCGCGAGAAGAGAUCGAUGAACUGCGCAUGCUGCUAGCUGAACAGAACUUACAGGUCCAGGAUUACCGCGCUAAGUACCAACGCGCGCAGCAGACCGUAGAGGAGCAGAAGAGACAACUGGCGCUGCAGGAUAUGGACAACCAGCGCAUCGCCGACCAGAUUAACCUCGAAAUCCAUCGGAUCAAGCUGAAAUUCCAAGAGAAGCUGUCGGAGCUGUCCCCGCUGCCCGAGGUGCUGAAGCACACGCAGCGGCGGCUGAUGGAGGCGCAGCAGAGCCAGGCCCUCGCCGAGCACAAGGCCGACAACCUCACCAAGGAGCUCACCACCGCCAGGGAGAAGUUGCACAUGCUUCUGCACACAAUCACCAAGCCGCCGCCCGAAAAGGGCCCCGAGAAGAACUACGACGAGAAGAUGGUCGCCCAGGCGCAGGCGCGUGCAACCCAGCUGGCCGAGAUGAAUGCUUCGCUCAAGCAGGAGAUCGAGCGGCUCAAAUUGCACGUGAUUCGCAUGGAGGAGACCGUGUUGCAGACUGACAAGCGGUUGCAGGAGAAGAUGCACGAGUGCGCCGCGCUCGGCGGCGAGCUGGAGCGCGCCCGCGACCACGCCACCAGGGAGAUCCUGCUCGCCAACCAGCGGGCGGACACAGCGCGCGCCUGCCUCGAGACCACGGUCACGGAGCUGGAGCGCAAGCUGGUCGCCGCCAACAAGGCGCUCGCCACCGCCGAGCUGGACCGCGAAGAGACCCAGAAGCGCAUGCAGUGCCAGCUGGGUCGGUUGGAGGAGAGCCUGGAGCAGGCGGAGCUGCGCGUGCUGGCGCUCGCGGCGCAGGCGGCGGCGCUGCGGCGGCGCGCGGCCGGCAACGGCGACGAGGACGACGACCAGGUGCACUGCGAGUGCAAGAGCUUCUUCGAAGACGCCUGA